ACACGCUCGUUUUUGGCAGACGCUCCUCAGAAAUACAGCGACCCAGUCACCACCGCAGUAAGGGGGCGUUCUACCCACAAUGCCUUGUGACCUGCUGGGAGCGAACACAACACGUGUACUCACUCCGCUCCACCGGGAUUGGACCGCAGGGAGUGGAAACUUCUACAGACAGCAUGGAUCAUUUGCCGGAUGAAAACCGGCGGUACAAAGACGUGGACUACUGGGACGAGAGGUACCAGGUCGAGCAGAGCUUCGACUGGUUCGGGGACUUCUCCAAGUUCAAGCAUCUUCUGGAGAACCUGAUCAACAAGGAUGACUCCAUCCUGGUGCUGGGAUGUGGGAACAGUUCGAUGAGCGGGGAGAUGUACGACGCGGGCUACCGCCGCAUCACCAACAUUGACUACUCGUCCGUGUGCGUCGACGCCAUGGCCGCCCGCCACGCCCACUGCCCGGGGAUGACCUGGCGCCAGAUGGACGCGCGCCAGCUCGACGUCCCCGACGCCUCGUUCGAUAUCGUCCUGGAGAAGGCCACGCUGGACGCCAUGUUGGUGGAGGAGAAGGACCCCUGGAAGGUGUCCCCGCAGACCGCCGGUCUCAUUCACCAGGUGCUGAAGGAGGUGAGACGCGCGCUGCGGCCGCGGGGCCGCUUCCUCUCCCUCACCUUCGCCCAGCCGCACUUCAGGAAGCCGCUCUACGCCCGCCGCGAGUACCGCUGGUCGGUCGCCCAGCACACGUACGGGGACGGCUUCCACUACUUCCUGUACGCCAUGACGGCCGGCGAGGAGCUGAGCCCCGAGGACGCGGCGAUGGAGACGAGGCGGUUGGAGGAGGCCGAGGCCCCGCCCCCUCAGAUGAGUUCUGGAGCCAGCAUCGGAUUCUUUCAAUGGAUGCAGGGUGCUGAACAAAAUGUAAACCCUUGGCCAAAACAAGGUUGCACGCCUUCCACUGCACUGUAUUUUAAAUGAAUGGACUUCUUGUGAACUUGUAUGCGACCACAGAACCCUGGCAGUUUUAGUGUCACGCUCUACUGAAGAGUGCAAUUUCUAUUUUGAAUUGUGUUCCACUUUUAUUUGUGAAACUCGUGGUGCUAUAUGAGUUGAACUUGAGCAAAAUCUGCAUCUGCCUCGCAGCCAAAUAUGGCUGACAAAACGCAAUGCAAACCUGCAUGUUGAGAGAUUGCUUAAUAAUUGCAAGGGGUUGGUGUUUGAAUGAGGACUAAAGCCUGCAUGUAGAGUAUCAGGCAGCAGUCUAUCAGUAUUCUAGUAGCAGCCCCGGCCUUUCUGCUUCGCCUGCUGCUUCAAUGUCUGGUGCGAGACUGUGAUCAGACAGUGCUGUUUAACACGCAGUACAUUUUACACCUGCGAUCAAGCACUAGAGUUCAGAAUUAACAACAGCCCAAGCGCUUGGCUGGGAGCCAGCCAUCGGGAAGCUACCCUUGACUCUUGACUCACACAGCAGCACCAGCAAGCCCUACCCUGGUGUCAUUUUAAUGUUUCUCAUUGACAUCAUCACCUAUCGCUACUUAUACCUAUUGUUACAUAAUCCAGAACGCUCCAGUGGGCAUGGUGCUCCCUCUCUCUCCACAGCCCUCCAGGUCGGUGAUGAUCUCAUGGUGGAGGCCCGACGCCGUAUGUCUGUUCGACAGCUACAUCAAUUAGGUGUCGUACAGCGGGCCUAAUUAGCCUCAUGAAUUAGGUUGUUGUCAGUGUUUGAGCAUUAACUUACAUCUUGGUCAGACCCUGAAGGACCUUUUUAACACGCACAGACUGGAGAAAUAUGACCUCAUCUCAUACAACGCAGCAGCUACAAAAAGCCAAGUCAUCCGUGAUGUUUGUUUAUUGUAAAGUAAGUCAAGUACCCUAAAAGGAUGGCAGAUACAGUAUACUAUGUACGAUCAAAAUACUGUGUCAAAUAAAAGUCAGGUUGUAACAUUUACAGUUUUUAUGUUAUUGUUGUUAUUUAUCCGGUUCUCUAUGAAUACAGCAUCUUAAUUGUGUUACACUUUGUCCCAGUUAACCAUAAGGAGAUAUCCGGGUGAACCCAUACUGUAUAUAUUUACAUUAACACACACUAAUAUUUUUUCAUAAUAACGUGGAGCAAAAUUUCUACUGGUCAAGACACCCUGAAGCAUAUGAACUGUUAGUAAUACAGUAAAUGUUUGAGAUUCUAUUGGGAAGAAUAAAACACAACAUUAGAGCAAAUCCAAGAGCCCCUCAUUUUUG